GGGAAAAAACGAUUGGAACCAUUACCGGGUUUUACCGCUAGGUUUUUAUGGGUAGUAUGACGCGUCCACUGUGCCGGUCUAUUUGGCGAAGCAUUUAUUUUUGUUGAAGCCCACAUACCAUGACUGAACAAUCAGCACUACUUCUUCGAAAGCAAUUGGCAGAACUCAACAAGAACCCAGUGGAGGGCUUUUCAGCUGGCCUAAUAGACGAUGACGAUAUAUACAAAUGGGAGGUUGUCAUCAUAGGGCCUCAAGACACCCUUUUCGAAGGAGGUUUUUUUAAAGCAUACCUGACCUUUCCCUAUGAUUAUCCUCUACGGCCUCCCAAGUUGAAGUUCAUCACUGAAAUCUGGCAUCCUAAUGUGGCCAAGAAUGGCGAUGUAUGUAUCUCAAUUCUGCAUGAGCCAGGAGAGGACAAGUUUGGCUAUGAGAAGCCAGAGGAACGUUGGCUUCCUAUCCACACUGUAGAGACGAUUAUGAUCAGUGUAAUCUCCAUGCUGGCCGACCCAAACAGUGAAUCGCCUGCUAAUGUGGAUGCUGCGAAAGAGUGGAGGGAGGAUCCAAAUGGUGAAUUCAAGAGGAAGGUGGCUUGCUGUGUACGGAAAAGCCAGGAGAUGGCAUUUGACUAGAACCCAAACUCAAUGGGUAAAGGAAAUGGGUUCAGAAGGCAAAUAGUCCGUUCAGCAAAAGGCUUCAGCACCCCUUCUUUUGCCAUUGAAGGGAUUUGGUUGGUCAGACACCUUUUCUUUCUUUUUUCUGAGAGGUUGUUGUUUUUCGUAAGAGGAAUGAAUUUGAGAAACCUACCAGUGAAAAUGUCCCUCCAUUUCCUAACUGGAAUUUAAGUGAAUUUAUUUUGGAAAAAUAUAGAUUAGAUUUCAAGUUUAAUAGUCACAUGUACAGGGUUGCAAUGAUGUAAGAUGUCACUACUGUAAAUUAACAUGCUUUUUUAUCUGCUGCUUAACAGUUUUUCUACUUCGUAUCAAGUUUCUUAUGCAAUUUGUUUGUUGUGCUUGAAGAAUUUAAAAGACGUGAAAGUUCUUCUCGUUAUUAGGUUCUCACCAAGUGUCCCAUCCUCACAAUCACCUUUACAUAAUGUCGGCCUGUCUGCAAAACCUUGUCAAACAUGUUUUUGUCGUUCCACAGUCAUUUGAUCCCUCUUGCCUAAUGUUAGUUCUACUCUCUCGUGGUGGUUUUUCUCUCCCUGGAGGGUUUGUGAGUGUGCUUGUUGACUGGGUCCUUUACCCAGAUAAUCACAAUGUCUGCUACCAAUCAUGUCCCAGUCAAGUCUCUGAGGUCCUACUCACUCCGUUUUAAUGAAACUUUCCGAACCAACCAAAAAGUUAUGUUAAGACUUAAGCUAUGAUUAUUCAGUGGAUAUACCGGUUUGCUGGCAUCUGAAUUUACCUCAAUUUAAAAGGAUUACACAUAACAAAUGUGUAAUCCAGGUUUUAUGGAUGUUUUAUUUGUUCUUAGUCUAGUGUUACAUGGGAGCUGUAAGUGACAUAGAACUUGACCCUCUGAGGUUGUUUCUGGGUGAUGGGUGGCACAUUUGGCUUCUUGGUGCAUGUGUAUUUGAUCAGAUCUUGUACAAUUCACAAUUACCCCAAUAUUUAUAUUUUGAUUUGUGUAUUCAGAUGAUAUGAUUACAAAAGCCUCAAACUAAGGCAGUCUAAUUUUUAGUUAUGGGUGCAGCCUCUUGUGGACAACCUGUUUUGCUUUGCUCUAAGGACUAUCAAAAGUCUCAUGAUAAUAACUGCCAUAUACCAUCUGUUUACUCUUGGUGAAACCAGGUGGUACAUCACUGGGAGGCAUGCAAUUACACCAUUCGUUAAAACAGUUUACAA